AUGGCAGGGAAAGUAUCAAAAGGAUCCGCUGGUAAAGGCAAAAAACGUGCAAAGAAGGAUCCAGAUGCUCCUAAAAGAGCGUUGUCAUCGUACAUGUUUUUCGCCAAAGAGAAGAGGCAAGAGAUAAUCGGCUCUAACCCUCAUUUGGCCAAGGAUGUGGCUACUGUGGGUAAGAUGAUUGGCGAGGCCUGGAACAAGUUAUCUGAGAAGGAUAAGGAACCCUACGAAAAGAAGGCACAAAACGACAAAAUUCGUUAUGAAAAGGAAAAGUUGGCAUAUGAAGGUAAACAUUAA